CAGGGAGCAGUAAAUCGUGUGGAGACAUUCAUAAAGAGCGAAGGGUGAUGUGGGGACGAUUGGAGGUGGUGAAUGAUUAACAGAAAUCAGGGGACACAGAUUAGACCGAGUACAUCAGGGAUUAGCUAUUAAUUUCUGAACAGCACCAAAGCAAUGGGCAGUUUGAACAAUCGAAGACUGGGAGUCUGAAUAAACAAACAAGCAAAGUGAAUGGCAGCGGAGGGGAAUGAGAUGGGCCUGUUCCAUCGCGUAUCUGAUCUGUUUUCCAUCGGGGCUAUGACUAUCUCCGAGGCUGACCUCCUGACUGAAUGCUCCGUUUCCAGAGGCAGCUCUUGUGCUCCCAGUCUGAUGUGGCUACCAGAGGCUUCAGCCCCCACAGCAAUGGACAGCCAAUGCCAGGAGGACAUGGAGAAGACCUUUCAGCAUCUGAUCCACCACCUGGGAGGCAGGGAGGCAGUGCUGGUGGUGGGAGACAUCUACACCAGUGGCAACCAGUGCGAGAGAGGGAGACUGUGCCGGGAGCUGGCUCAGGAUCUGUUCCAAAGGAGCCUGGGCUCCCACAGGGAGCUCAGCGAGGGAGCCACUCGCGAGGGGUCUACAGCUCCAGGUUACUCCAUCUGCCCGGCAAGAUCGCGAUCCAUCACUGCCAAACUCAUCCUUUUCGUCUUUCGUGAGGAAUGGCUGAAACAGCAGGAGGGCAGGGCGACGGUCAGAGAGAUCCUGAAAGAUGUGAGACAGCGGUGCCAGCUCUUUGCCCCCACGGUGCUGGGGCUGAUUUACUGUCAGAGCGACGACACAGAGAUCUCUGAAUGCCUAACACUGCUGGCACACUCUAUGGCUGAGAUUUUCCGUAUUCCACACACCAGAGCACCAGCCUGUGUCAGCGCCUACAUCAAAUCCAGACCUUCCUCCAUCCUGAACACCAAGAGGCUGAUUUGUGAGUUGCUGACCUCCAGUGAUACAGGUGAGACUGUGUCCUUGCCCCUGAGCUAAAGGUAAGGGUAACGCAACAGGGUACUUCCCACCAAGGUUUCACUCAGGGCAGGGAAUCCCUGUGGAAUUAUCUCUCCCAGUGGGUGCUGGAGGCUCAGUGUUGACUGUGUUCAAGAGAAGUUGAUGGAUAUUUUGGAAAUUAGGGGAUAUUGGGACAAGGCAGGAAUGUGGAAUUCGGGUGAAUGGCAAAACAGUCUGGAUGGGCCAAAUGGCCUACUCCUGUCUUGAUCAUGUUACAAUGCUGGGGUGUGGAUCAGCUACCUCAGCCAGGACUGAAUUUGACAGGGCAGUGCCAUAACUGAGAGAUUACAGUCACCAGGAAACAGCUAGACUUGGAAUCUUGGGGGACAGUGAAAGAGAGAGACAGACAGACAGAGAGAGAGACAGACAAUCAGAGAGGGAG